AUGGAGAGACCACUACACGAUACUAGUCUCACUAUACAAGCAGCUACAGUCGAACCCUCAAUUUCCUUAUCUUCUCGAGGUCCUGCCAGACUCUUUGCAGCUUCUAGCGCUCGCGAUCGCGCCCUUUCCGCAAACCCGGGGCUGGCGUCUUUUCCCCAUGAAGAGGUGGAGUUUACUAAAGCUUAUUCAAAUCCAUCAAAUGCUUUACAUCUUGUGGCUGGAGCGACUCCUGCAUCGUCGCCUACGAUAGGGAGUGCAAGUCUACAGUCGGUGCCGUUACCGCGAUGGUCAGCGUCUCCAUUGACGCCCCGAAACUUGACAGCGACCAUACAUCAUCCGCCACCACCACUUGGUAUGUUGCUUACUAGUCCGACUGCUGGAACGGGAAGUUCAAGUGCUGAAGUUGUUGGAAAUGAAGAAGGAAGUCACUUUUACCACUACAGCAAUGGCUACAGUGCUGAUACGUCGACGAAAACAACGGUGCCGGAGACUGCGCGGAGACACGAGACGGAGCUGACAGGCAUAUGUCGCAGUCCUGGGGUAUGGAGCAAUGUUACAGCAUUAGAGAGAAGUAUCGGUGGCAUUCCCAUGACGAUGAGUACUACAAUGGCCGCUUUACCGUUACCGUUGGCACGUCCUUUGGCGAUCCCAUCGCCACCAGCCCCGGUGGUGAUUGCAAACUCUAUCUCAGCCACACCGACUAGAAAGCGCAAAAGGAUUAUAGGUGCGAUGCGAAUGCGCAACUUUUUGUGCAUGCAUCCUGGAUGUGACAAGUCGUUUGCGGACAGCGCUCACUUGAGAGACCAUACGGUUGUACACACGGGUGAAAAAAAGCUGAGCUGUUCAAUCUGCCAAAAAUUGUUCGCACGGGCGUCGACGUUGCAGGAGCAUAUUCGUGUGCACACAGGCGAGAAACCGUAUGUCUGCGUUCAUCCCGGCUGUACCAAGCGUUACUCAUCUCGGGCAGCAAUGCGGUUCCACCGUACUACACACGCCCCCUUUUUCACUGCAGAACAAGGUUUAAACGGCAGUAUACACGUAGAGAUCGAUACCGAUUCUGUACAAGUGCGAAACUCGCAUACGUCGCGGUAUGUGUGUUCAGAAUGCGGAAAACAUUUUUGUGUGCGUGAACUGUUAGUGGCCCACCUGAAGGUUCACGCCACUCACCGUGCUGCUGUAUUUACCUCCUUAGCACCUUCUGGAUCGGUUGAAACUGUUAUCGACCAACCACAAAGUAUGGAAGAGGAAACAAGUGAAAAUAGCUCUCAGAGUAUUGGCAUUCCACCGCACGAUGGCAGCAUAUACUUUUGGGACACGAUUCGAGCGCAGCAGAAUCAGAUUGAACAGUUGAAGGCUGAGAUAUUGCGAUUGCGUGGGCAAAUUUCCAUUGAAUCUGCUGCAACGCCUGUUCAAACUGAAGUAGCUGUCAGUAAUCAGCCCGCACUGACAGCUCCAGUUGAAAUGCUGCAAGACGGCUGUAAACCGUUUGUAUGCUGCAUCUGCAACAACCGCUUCUCUAAUUUUUAUCAGCUCACUUUUCACGGAAAGCAGCAUCCAGCGGCGCCAAUGGCAGAAGUAACUGGGAAGCAGGCUCCGCUUCCUGUGGGACCCAAAUAUUGCCCUGAGGAGCAAUGUGAAUACGCUGAAUCGACAGGUAAAAGCUUGAAGAACCUGCAGACGCUAAAGCGUCACUGGCAGCGACGUCAUCAAAGCGAGCGUCCAUAUGCGUGCUCGUAUUGCCCAGCGACACGUCAAAAAACUUUCAAGACCCGAGAAAAUCUAAAAGCCCACGAAAAAGACUGCACAAAGAACAUUCUUGAGCAGUGA